UUUUUUUUUUUUUUUUUUUUUUUUUUUGAUUUGGGAUAUAUGAAUUGAAGAAGACUCAAUUUGCAUGUGGAUUUUUCCAGAAUUGUGAUUGUGUUGUAAGGUUAAAGAAGAAAAGGAAUAUUUAUAUAUAUAUAUAUAUAUUUAUAAUACACUCAUCUAGUUGAAGAAGAAGGUUUAGUUAUAUAUAUUUAUAUAUAAGAGUUGAGCUGCUAUAUAUAUAUAUAUAUAAGAGAUAUGGCUGCAUCAUCUUCUUCAGCAUCACUGUUUGGAUUUAGAGGAGAAGAAGAAUCAAAUCAAAUGAAGCAACAACAUUCACUUCCACCUUCAUCAUCAAUUGCUACUCCAGCUGCACCAUCUCAGAAGAAGAAGAGAAACCAACCUGGAACACCAAAUCCAGAUGCAGAGGUGAUAGCACUAUCUCCCAAGACACUAAUGGCAACAAACAGGUUUAUAUGUGAAGUAUGCAACAAAGGGUUCCAAAGAGAGCAAAACCUACAGCUUCACAGAAGAGGACACAACUUGCCUUGGAAGCUUAAGCAGAAGAGUACAAAAGAGCCUAAGAGAAAGGUUUAUCUUUGUCCUGAGCCCACAUGUGUUCAUCAUGAUCCUUCAAGGGCUCUUGGUGACCUCACUGGGAUUAAGAAACACUACUCUCGCAAACAUGGUGAGAAGAAAUGGAAAUGUGACAAAUGCUCCAAGAAAUAUGCUGUUCAAUCUGAUUGGAAAGCACAUUCUAAGACUUGUGGCACUAGAGAAUAUAGAUGUGAUUGUGGCACUCUCUUCUCCAGGAGAGACAGUUUCAUAACACACAGAGCUUUCUGUGAUGCAUUAGCUCAAGAGGGACCAAGACAGGCACCAAUUACCCUAAGUGGUAGCAGCAUUGGCAGCCAUCUUUAUGGAGCUGGAGGAAACAGCGGCACCAACAACUCCAUCAUGGGAUUAAACUUAUCCCAUCAUGUACCUCAACAAAUCUCCAACAUCCAACAAGACCACACCAAUUCACCGACAGAACUCCUUCGACUCGGCGGCAAUGCUACCGCGAAUCGAACCGGACAAUUCGAUCACCACAUUCUCCCAACAUCUUUCAGACCUAAUUCCUUCUUUCAUCCUGAACAAAACCAAAACUAUGUCCCUGACCCAACCAACAACCUCUUCAACAUUCCUUUCCUUAACAACAACAACAACAACAGUACUAAUAAUAAUAACAAUACUAAUAGUGGGAGCAACUCGUUUUCUGAACAGUUGAAUAUGAAUCAUGAAGGAACAAAUUUUUUCAGUGGAUCAGGAACAAGUAGUGCACCUUCAUUAUUCAGCACUUGUCUUCAACAAGGAGGAGGAAGCAGUGGAAUAUCUCAUAUGUCUGCAACUGCAUUGCUUCAAAAAGCUGCUCAGAUGGGUGCAACUUCGAGCAACGGAAAUGGAACAGCAACUUCGCUUUUGAAAAGCUUUGGAAACACUACUAGUAAUAAUUCAUCUUCAGGUGGUGGUGGUGGAAGUGGAAACUAUGGAGGUUUUGGUGUUGGUGGUGGAAAUGAACAACAGAAUAGUAAUUUGCAGGAUUUGAUGAACUGUUUUGCUGUUGGUGGUGGUGGUGGGGGUGGGAAUAGUAAUUCAAUAUUUGAUGGAAUUGGAGGUAGUUGUAGUGAAAGGCAGCUUACUCGUGAUUUUUUGGGAGUUGGUGGUCAGAUAGUGAGAAGCAUGAGUGGAAGAGAUCAUCAUCAUCAUCAUCAUCAUCAACAUGCACCUGCUGCUUUUAGUAACAUGCCUUCUAUGGAAAACAAUGCUGCUGCACCAUCGUCUUUUGGAGGAGGAGGAGGAAGAGGUGGUGCUGGUGCUUCUGCUGGUGCUGCUGGUGGAGGAGGGAAUUUUCACUGAUCAUUAACAAAAAGGGUUGAAACUUGGCUAUGUAGCUGAUCUAAUUAAGGCUUUUGAGAGCACAAUGAAGCAUAUUGUGAAUUCCUGAAUUUAUCGAGGCUUCUUCAACUAGGUCGAAUCUCCAUCCCCAAAACAAAAAGCAUAAAAAAAAUUAUAAAAAAAAAUCUGAUACAUAUUAGCUUUUAAGAUUUUCAUGGUUUAAUUUAAUAGAUUUUGUUAUUGGAUAUGGAUAUUUACCAUAUAUAUUUUAAUUCGACUAUCUAUAUAUAAUGACAUUGUUUGAAUA